GGGAUAUCGAUUCAAUUUGUCUCGUUAAGGAUGCUAGUGAAAAAGAUAGCUGCUCCCAUUUUAGAGAUCUAUUAGUAAGAACAUGCCAUGUUAUAUUUCCUUGGAAUAGUAUGUGAAGUGAAUACUUCACUACUUGUGAAGAGAAUACUUCAGUACUUGAAGCAUCUUAUUCCAUUCAUAAUUCAAUACCUCCUUUAGAGAUUUGCCCAAUUCUUUCACGGGCACAUGUGGUAAAAUCUCUUAUACUCUGGAGGCCAAGCUUACAGGCCUAAGAGGGUGGCAUGCAAAGCCAGAACAAAGUUCACUUUGCCUGCAGAGGCAGACAUGACAAUCCCUGAUCUAUUGGUAAGAACAUAUUGUGAAUAGCUUCAAAUGCCUGUUUUGCACCCGGAUGCUAGCUUAGAUCAAACUGUGAUCGGAGCAGCUCCAUCUCAUAGUUACCGCAGCAUAGGAACACGGAAAAGCAUGUGAAAUUCUUUAAGCUUGGCAAGAUUUCCAUGAAUGUUCACACAGGUUACAUGCAAGGUAAUCAUACUGCACUGGUCCACACCUAAAUAAUGUUUAAAUGGCAGGCAAAUGUCAGGCUGACGUGAGGCUGUCUAUAUGUACUGCCAAACACUGUGUUUUUAUAAAAUGUGAUCUUACAGAAUUUCCAGUCAUUCCACUGCCAAACAUCCUUCUGAUUCCCUUUGACAAUCCAGAACCAUAACUACACAGGAAUUCCUUCGUAAUCUAAUCAAUUGAGAUUUUUUUCAUUGCCAUUUCUUCCUUCACCUUCCAGAUCUUGUCCCCAGCCAGUGCUAGUGCAGUACAAGCCUACUGGUUUUCAAACCUUCUGGUUUUCAAACCUUCUGGUUUCCCAGUUGUGCGUUCACCUAUCCGUCUGUCUUUAUCACCAGAUUCAUCACAGAUUCCUCAGAAAAGUUUGAAAACCAGUUGGCUUGUAACACCGGCCCUGUCCCCAGCAAAACCUGUUUGAGAAGUAGGCUACCACCAGUUUGCAUUCUUUUGAUGAAAAGUGAAUAUCUAUUGUAGUUCAUUCAAUAUGUUUGGAGGGAACAUUUGGUUAGCAAUAGUAGCAGUAAUCUGGAAAGUGGAAGGAAGAAAUGGCAGAGAUAGUAUUACUGGGAGGAUCACAGUGGACCUAUCAAAACAAAUUAAGAUUGAGUCUGUCAUCUUCAAAUCUAAAGGAAAGACCAAUGUCUGCUGGACUGAAUAUUAUGGGCAAUACAGUCAAUUUACAUACCACGCCAAGGAGAAAUACUACAGCAUUGAGCACACUAUACAAAGAGGAGGAACCGAUGAUGAAGCAGCUCGUCUGAUCCUGGUCACCAUGACAAUCAAACAGUUCCAGUUGGACUACGACACAGUGAACAGCCGAGGCACCUUCUCCGCUGGCGACGCACUCUCCGGACGGGUCACCGUGAAAGUUUCCAAAGUAACCAAAGUGCAGUGUUUUUGGAUUAAGAUCAAGGGCAAGGCUGAGGUCAUGUGGUCUGAUCAAGAUGGCCAAAGUCCUGUUCUCCACUGCAACAAGAAGAGAUAUUUUUGUUUUGAGCAAAUCAUUUUGCAGGAAAGGGGUGGAGACGGCUCUGAGAUCAUAGCUCCUGGGAAACAUGUUUACCCUUUCACCUUCCAGAUUCCCAAAACGAAUAUGCCCUCGUCCUUUAAGGGGAAAUGGGGUCAAAUCACAUACAGUCUGAAAGCAAAGUUGACGCGGACUAUUUGGAUGGUGUACAAAGUCAAAAAAGAGUUUACCUUUGUCUCCAAAUCAGACUUACCCAUCACCAUCCUAGGACUUAAGGAACCUCAGCGCGGAACAAAAAUGUCUUUCCUUCCUUUUGGAAUUGUCACAAUGAAUGUUAUCUCUGAGAAAAUGGGCUUCAUUCAAGGUGAGGCGUUUGAAGUUCAGGUUGAGGUACACAACAGCUCAACGCGUACGGUCACCCCUAAAAUCUACCUGGAUGAAAAGCAGACCUUUCUAGCCGAGACCAAGGGCAACGUCCACACCAACGAGAUCCAGUUAGGAGCGUGUGACCCUGUCCCAGCCUCCUCCAGCCUCGCUGUGUCCAGAGUCCUGACCAUCCCCUCUCACCUCCAUCCCACCGUUUUCAACUGCUCCCUGAUCAAGGUGGAGUACAGACUCAAGGAAUUGAUGCUGCAUACUUUGAUGGUUAUUCUUGAUGCACCACUGGCCAAAAACCAGGAAAUAGUACUACCAUUGGUCCUUUUCCUAAAUGAAUCCAAAACACCAGAGGCACCUAAGAAGAAAUCUAGAUGGUCCAGAUAAGGUUAAUCUGCUUUCCUAUUCCUGUGUGCUGCAAAUACCAGGAGAUGAUAUCAUGACGUUUAUCAAAGGUCAUUUGUGUUAACUCCACCCCCGAGUGCACUUUACUGCACUAUAACCUUUGUCCACUAGAUGGCAGUAUGUUGGUGGGGGAGCCAGUCGGACAAACCGAUCAACACGACCGACAUCAGUCUGUUCAUGAACAUGUCGACUUGACGUUCUUGUGCUGUAGGUAUGCAUGUUCGUGUGACUUCACAGGGGCAGGAAGUGCUGGACUCUACGUCCUGGUUCCCCUGCAAGGCACAGAUUCAAUAAACGAAUGUGAGCCUACCUCGGUGUCCAACUCAUUCAUUCCU